CACACACACCCGCACACACACACACACACACACACACGUUGUCGCAGAGAGCAGAGACGACUUGUCCGGGUCCAGCCGGCAGCUCGGCCGCUCCUCGGGUCGGGUCGGAUCCUCUCCUCCUCCUCCUCCUCCUCCUCACUGGACACGCUGCCUUUGUUGUCUGUUGCUGCACCGACCCGCAGCAGGAGAGAAUGUGUGUUGCCGGGUGUGGGGUAACGGCUGCAGCCACGGACAAGGGGCGCAGAGGGUGACCGACGGACCGACCGACCGACUGACGGGCGCCAGAUAACGAGGCUGCUCUGCCCGGCGCCGGGAGCCUCCAACCGGCCGCUGAACCGGACGGCGCUGGGGGGGAAGGCUAGGCUAGGCUAGGCUAAGCUAAGCUAAGCUAAGCUACGCUAACUAGCAUUAGCCUGUCAGUCAGACCAGCUCACUCUUAACGCUUUGCGGCGUUGACGCCAACUCUGUAUGGGACAGAUAUUUCAGUGACAGCGUGAAGAUGGAUUGAACAAUGGAGGGUGGAAGUGUCACCAUCACUCCAAAGAGAAGAGGACUUCUCUCUUAGGUAUGUUCCUCUCUCUCCGUCUGAAGCCACAGCGAAGACAAAUAACAUCAUCAAAUGUUGUAACUGACAGCGGAAAUUUUUCAAAGGCUACUGUGUAACACACAAAUGACUGGGGCGUGCUCUCUAGAGACAUCUCUCGCCCCAAACCUGCCACUGCUGCCCCCCAACGCAACUAAUUGUGCUAGUUUGUGUUUCAGUAUUCAAAGCCAGCUCGCGCCCGGGCCAGUGUUUUCCCACUCCCCACAUCCUGUGUUGUGAGGAGGAGGCUUCCUCUUUUGUCCUAAAGUGCUUGGCUGCAUCCUGAUCAGGGUCGCAGAUCGCAGAGAACAGCUCAACGGGGUGGUUUUGUUUGUCCCAACUCAGGGUUUCCCCUGCAUUUUUGUUCUCAGCCGUAACUCGGUCGGACACAUUUCCCAUCAGCUGGUGGAGAUUCAUGUCAGAAUUUUCGGAGUUGUCGACUAUUCCUUACUGCUCUCCUUUGCGCCUCGUUUAGUUCCUCGGGGGCCGUUCAGCAACUGGUCGCUUAUCCCGGUCGGGGUUGUUUUGGCAGCGGGGAAAGCCGAGCUGGUCAGGCAUCCUUUUCCUCAGCAGCUUCCUGCAGCUCACUCGGGCGCCCGCCGGGAGAUCCCCCUGCUACUUCCUCGUCCGAUAACCAGACUGAACUGCCAUUUCAUGCUGCUUGACAUAGACGUAUGUAUGUAUGCAGAUUUAAGAGCUGUCACGUCUACACGUUGACUGUCAGCAACCUGUACACCCGCUGUGUCAUUUGUGGCUGUUUUUCUGUGGACAUUACCCAACUUACUCUGGAACAGGAACCCGUUCUUCGUGCCGUCUUAGAAGAGCUCAAACUAGCUCGGUUUUUAUUUUUCAACUGGGGGAAAAAUGGCUGUCGGUGAUCACAGUAUUUGAAUUGCUGGAGAGAGAAAAAUCGGAGAUGUCGCCCACAAGUCAGAGGUUGGGAAGCUGACAAGAACACACUUAAAGGUACAGUAAGCGAUUUUAGAGAAAGAUUGUUUGUUGUUGAUUUUUUUUGGACUGCACUGGUCGGGGGGUUCGAACCCGCAGCCUUCGGGUACGGGAGACGGACGGAAUAACCACGAGACUAAAGUGCUGUUUUGAAAGGAUGUGUAUUGUCUUCUACAAUUGCUACUACUGGCUAUUUCUGUGCCAAAAUAUCUUGUCAUACAGACAUAGUAUUAUAUUAAUAUAGUCCAGACAGCAACUGCAGGCACACGAAGGAAACAAUCACAAAACACCGACUUCUCUUUUUGACUGCUUUCCUGAGAAUUGUGGUCAGCCAUAAUUCCGUCAGAAACUUAGGUCAUGAAAUGAUGUUGUAAUUUCCUGAAAAGCCCACAAAGACAAAUUUUUACCUAUCACUUUACUCAUUGUUGACUCACGGUGUUGUUUUUGAACUAAAAUAGUCGUGUCCCUAAUUCCUCAGUACUUCAUGACAGAAAGUUGAAUGACCUCAUCUCGACUGCUAAAAUUACAAAUUCACGUACGACCAGUAAGUGUUUUCUGUAGCUUGUACACAAACAGUAUUAUACUUGUUAUAUUAGCUUUAAAAAGGUGAUUGCUAAUUAUUACUGACAAUCCUCUUGAUUGCUGGGAGAGUAUCACUCAAUAUAAAUGUCCAAUUUACCUCAGAAUGAAAGUUUAAUGUGAAAUAAAUGAUUUCCAUCCUGGUUUUGGAUAUGUGUUUAUACAAAGACUGUCACAAAAAACAUAUUAGUAUAAAUAAAAAUACUAAUAUAAAAAAAAAUUGAUAGUGUCCUCUUCUUCAUAAAUCAUUUUAAGUUGACAAGAGUGAUUUUUUAGACUCUAAACUUUGGAUAGACUAAGUUAACUAUUAUUUCAUCUCCCACUGCUACAAGGGUCGUCCUUUGUAACAAAAAAAAAUGCUUUGAUGACCUUAAGAUCCAUCAGUAUAAGUUUUAGCUCUUCUAUAUGCCUGUAUUAUUAUAUGCAGAAUACUGACGUGACUGAUGUAAAAUUUAAAAAAAUCAUAUUAGUCUUUAUGUACUAACCUGCUACACUGAUACAAUAUCAGUUUUGAAAGAUGACAUCCUCUCUCUGCAAAGGCUGGGAAGACCUUCGCACAGAGCUGUGUCAAACACAUUUCCGUUUACCUUUCAUGCCCUUGGUCGAUCUGAAUGGGCCUUUGUGUGAUAUCUAACCUUGCGUCCCUCAGACAGUAAAUGGACUGAAUUGAUUUUUUUUUCCACUUCAAUUUCUUUUGAAUUGCUGAAAAAAACAAAAACUGUGCUGUGAUUCAGUAGUUUGAAAAAACUCUUAACCUGUGACUGACCCGGGAUGAAUGUCAGGUCUGUGAACUCACACUCCUUGUCAAUUGUGCAGUUAUCAUCAUGGGACAACUUCUACUUAGUGUUGGAUGUGGAUGUGAAUACAGUUAGUUAGUAGCAAAUUUUUCCAGAUGUUUUGAUAACCAGUAAGUCCCCUGUUAUCUGAAUGAUCAGAGCUUUCAGCCUGUGCGAUACACUACGAAAGGCAGAAGAACUUUGCUUCAUGACGUUAUCUUUCAGGUUGUGCUCUGCAGCGUAACCGUGUGACCGAGGUGGGAGACGGGAGACGAUGCCUCCCAGGCCGUCCUCAGGGGAGCUAUGGGGCAUCCACCUGAUGCCUCCCAGGAUCCUGGUGGAUUGUCUGCUGCCCAACGGGAUGAUCCUGACCCUGGAGUGUCUCCGCGAGGCCACGCUCAUCACCAUCAAACAUGAGCUGUUCAAGGAGGCCAGGAAGUAUCCGCUCCAUCACCUGCUGCAGGAGGAGACGUCCUACAUCUUUGUCAGUGUUACACAGGAAGCAGAGCGGGAGGAGUUCUACGAUGAGACCAAGAGGCUGUGUGACCUCCGACUCUUCCAACCCUUCCUCAAGGUCAUCGAACCGGUUGGCAACAGAGAGGAAAAGAUCCUCAACAGAGAGAUUGGUUUCGCCAUCGGUAUGCCUGUGUGCGAGUUUGACCUUGUGAAGGACCCCGAGGUUCAGGACUUCAGGAGAAACAUCCUGAACGUCUGUAAAGACUCUGUGGAGCUCAGAGACGCCAGCGGGCCUCACAGCAGAGCGCUGUAUGUCUACCCACCCAAUAUAGAAUCCACACCGGACCUCCCCAAACACAUCUAUAGCAAACUGGACAAAGGUCAGAUCAUUGUUGUCAUUUGGGUGAUUGUUUCUCCGAACAAUGACAAACAAAAGUAUACGCUGAAGAUCAACCACGACUGCGUGCCCGAACAGGUGAUCGCAGAGGCCAUUCGUAAGAAGACCCGCAGCAUGCUGCUGUCCCCAGAGCAGCUGAAGAUGUGUGUUCAGGAAUACCAGGGUAAAUACAUCCUCAAGGUUUGUGGCUGUGACGAGUACCUGCUGGAAAAGUACGCCAUCAGUCAGUACAAGUAUAUCCGCAGUUGCAUCAUGCUGGGCAGGAUGCCCAACCUGAUGCUCAUGGCCAAGGACAGCCUCUACACCCAGUUGCCCACGGACAACUUUGUCAUGCCCUCAUACUCGCGCCGCAUCUCCACAGCGACCUCCUAUAUGAACGGCGAGGGGGCCGCCAAGUCGCUGUGGGCCAUCAACGGAACUCUGCGAAUACGAAUCCUCUGCGCCACCUACGUCAACGUCAACAUACGGGACAUAGACAAGAUAUAUGUGAGGACGGGCAUUUACCAUGGAGGUGAACAGAUGUGUGACAAUGUCAACACACAGAGAGUUCCCUGCUCUAACCCCAGGUGGAACGAGUGGCUCACAUAUGACAUGUACAUCCCAGACGUCCCCUGCGCCGCCAGACUCUGCCUCUCCAUCUGCUCCGUCAAGGGCAGGAAGGGAGCGAAGGAGGAGCACUGUCCGUUAGCCUGGGGUAACAUCAACCUGUUUGACUACACUCACGUUCUAGUGGCCAACAAGAUGGCUCUGAACCUCUGGCCCGUCCCUCACGGCCUUGAAGAUCUCCUCAACCCCAUCGGAGUCACUGGAUCCAACCCCAAUAAGGAAACACCGUGUUUGGAGCUUGAGUUCGACCACUUCAGUAGUCAGGUCAAAUACCCAGAAAUGAAUGCAGUAGAGGAUCACGCAAACUGGAUCAUCUCAAGGGAGCUGGGCUUUAACUACAACCUCUCUGGACAGAGCAAUCGUGUGGCCAGAGAUCACGCGCUGACAGACAGCGACACGGAGCAGCUGAGGCAGCUGAGUAACAGAGACCCUCUUUCGGAAAUCACCGAGCAGGAGAAAGACUUCCUCUGGAGACACAGGCACUACUGCAUGAACAUCCCAGAGAUCCUUCCCAAGAUCCUUCUCGCUGUCAAAUGGAACUCCAGAGACGAAGUAGCACAGAUGUACUGUCUGUUAAAGGAGUGGCCGUCCAUCCGUCCCGAACAGGCUAUGGAGCUGUUGGACUGUAACUAUCCCGACCCCGUGGUCAGACACUUUGCUGUUCGCUGCCUUGACAAAUACCUGACUGAUGACAAACUGUCUCAGUACCUGAUCCAGCUCGUACAGGUAUUAAAAUAUGAGCAAUAUCUUGACAAUCCUCUGGCUCGUUUCCUCCUCAAAAAGGCGCUGACCAAUCAAAAGAUAGGACAUUUCUUCUUCUGGCAUCUCAAGUCGGAAAUGCACAAUAAAACAGUCAGCCAGAGGUUCGGGCUGCUGUUGGAGGCGUACUGCCGGGCCUGUGGCAUGUACCUCAAACACCUGAGCAGGCAGGUGGAGGCCAUGGAGAAACUCAUAAACCUAACCGACAUCCUCAAGCAGGAGAAGAAGGAUGAGACGCAGAAGGUCCAGAUGCGGUUUCUCGUGGACCAGAUGAAGAGACCGGACUACAUGGAUGCUCUCCAGAACUACACCUCUCCUCUCAACCCUGCGCACCAACUGGGAAACCUGAGGUUAGAUGAAUGCAGGAUAAUGUCGUCAGCAAAGAGGCCGUUGUGGCUGAACUGGGAGAAUCCUGACAUCAUGUCCGAACUCCUCUUUCAGAACAACGAGAUCAUCUUCAAAAACGGAGAUGACUUGCGGCAGGAUAUGUUGACAUUGCAGAUUAUUAAAAUAAUGGAGAAUAUUUGGCAGAAUCAGGGACUGGACCUACGGAUGCUUCCCUAUGGCUGUCUGUCACUCGGAGACUGUGUCGGCCUCAUUGAGGUGGUUCGCAGCUCUCACACUAUCAUGCAGAUCCAGUGUAAAGGAGGCCUGAAGGGAGCUCUGCAGUUCAACUCCAACACGCUGCAUCAGUGGCUUAAGGACAAGAACAAGGGUGAAAUGUAUGACAUGGCCGUGGAUCUGUUCACGAGGUCCUGUGCUGGCUACUGCGUAGCUACGUUUAUCCUCGGGAUAGGAGACAGGCACAACAGCAACAUUAUGGUCAAAGAUGAUGGACAGCUGUUUCACAUUGAUUUUGGCCACUUCCUGGAUCACAAGAAGAAGAAAUUUGGCUACAAGAGAGAGCGAGUUCCCUUCGUGCUGACGCAGGACUUCCUCAUCGUCAUCAGCAAGGGAUCCCAGGAGUGUGCCAAGACCAAAGAGUUCGAGAGGUUCCAAGAGAUGUGUUAUAAAGCCUACCUGGCCAUCCGGCAGCACGCCAACCUCUUCAUCAACCUGUUCUCCAUGAUGCUGGGCUCCGGCAUGCCCGAGCUGCAGUCGUUUGAUGACAUCGCCUACAUCAGGAAGACCCUGGCCCUGGAGAAAAGCGAGCAGGAGGCCUUGGACUACUUUAUGAAACAGAUGAAUGACGCUCACCACGGAGGGUGGACCACGAAGAUGGACUGGAUAUUCCACACGAUUAGACAGCAUGCACUAAACUGAUCGCCUGCGCCCCCGUCCCCAACACGGAGUGUUUACUCCUGUCAGCCAGACGCAGCGUCAGGAACCUCUGUUCUGUUUCACAGCACACAUCAGGAACAGCUCACUGACGAGGAAAGUUCUCUGCUUGAUUUUUCUUUUUUUAAUGUUUAUGUUUUGUAUUUAUUGAAACAAGGUUUUUUCUUUUCCUGCAAUUUCUUUGGCAUCGUCACCUGCCUCUCUGUGUCGUCUUGACGAUGCUCUCUGUCCUCCGCUUGUUUUUGGGCGGAGAGAGUUGUCCUCGUGUUUUCCUCGUGUCCUGGUGAAGAUGCCUGGCCGAAACUAUUACGCUUCUUCUGGUUUGUUUUCUUUUUGGCCCAAGAUGAUCAAACUGCAUUACCAAGGGAAUGUUUACCUCUCACGCUGCUGGAAAAACAGAAAGCUGCGAACAAAACGGCAGAAAGAAGAUGUUUUCUGCCGAGUGACAUAUUUGUGCUGCACCGUGGCUCCAUCCCAGACAGGAGGCGCUUGGGGAAACUCUUUUUUUAAUUUUUUUUUUAUCUUAUCCCGGCUGAGACGAUAGAGGGCACAAGGAUCUGUCCGUCGCAGAUCUAUCUACACGACAGAAGUUGGAUGUGUAGUACGGUGCAGGAUGAUUUGGAGGAAGAAGCACCACUGCACCGUCUUCCGCCGCCUUCGGCGGUGAAGUUGAGCGGAUUCGUUGUGAGGAAAUAUCAGAGCUCGGAAAAAGAAGAGCGUCUGUCGUCGCGUGCGGCUCUGCGGUCUCACGUGGCCUCAAUGAGAACAGCACUCUCCCCUUGGGAAAACGUUCGGCGCCGGCGCAGCUUUAGACUCUUGCAUAAACUUCAGGGUGAUGAUGCCGCUCCAUCAAAAAAAAAUGAGACAAACAAAAAGACAGCACUUAGAACUCCCAGAACAAUAUUCAGAUUUAUUUAUGUUUCUCUCAGUUUCUACACAGUACUCAGCUCUUCAGAAACACAUCAUUGUUUGUCUGAAUACAUUUAAUUUAGUUUUGUCGUUUGUUUACCUGUUUGCAGCUUCUUCUGGUUUCCACCUUCUCAUGUUCGUAAAUUAUGACUAAUGCUCUUUUUUGCUUCAGCCACUUUUUUACGUUAAACACGUCAAGAGCCCAAAUUUGUCUCAUUGUGACUUGUUUGCGGCCUUUUUUUUAUAAAUGAAAUUCAAAUAUGAAUUUGUUUUGGCAAGCUGAAUGGCAAGAGAGAAAGUGCCAGUCUCAUUUAUUUUAUUUUUUAUUUUUGGGAGAAACAGGACCUAUUUUAAGCCUCGUCACACGUCUUCCUGUUGAUAAAAUGCCUCAGCGUCACAGCACAACAUUCUACAACACUGCACAUCGCUGCGCCCGACAAACUCUGCCUCCGCAAGUUGUAGUUGAAAACAAACACGGCAGCGCUAUUCGUACGAAACGCACGGCGCCAGGGUUUUUUUUUUAAAGGAAAAAACGCUUAGAUGUGACCUUCGUGACCUUCAUCAGGUUUUAUUUGUACUGUAUUUCUAACUAAGUCGGGUUUGAUGAAAUCCAUCUUCCCCCCGCCCGCGUUAGAAUUUCUUUGAAAUGUUGACUCAUGGGCAAAGUGCAUUUCAACGUUUCGUGGCUAUUUUUUCUCUGAGCCUAUAACCCUGGCUGUAUUUGAGCCAUGCCUCCUGUUGCCAGAUACUGUGAAAGCCGUGCUCUGCACCUUUUAUGUUAUAUAAACGUCAGUGUUUUCUUCUUUCUAACAGAAGCAUUUGAGCAUGUAGGUUUUACAAUAUGUUAAAGGUGGUUGUCAAAAUCCUUUUGAUCGGAUCAAUAUAAAGAGUGGACAUAGUUUAGCAAGUGCAGAGCGACAACGGGACCCCCAUUCCUCAACUCAAUACGUUUUUUGGCCUCGGAUUCUUUCUGGAAAUGAAAACAAAUCCAAGUUCACAUCGAGGCAAAGCCAGGGGGGGGGGGGGGCGGGAUCAACUGAUGGUCACCAUCACAUUUCAUUGGAUUACUCCGCGUAUACGCCCCCCUGAGUUUAAGAUGAGUCAUGAAAUCUAUUCUAAUGUUUGACAGGAAGACAAAAAAAGGAAGUAUUUUUGACGUAUCGCGUGUUUGGCAUGUUAUAAGAGAUGAUUAACCCAAAGCAGGCUGCAGCUGGCUUGUUCUCUGAACAUGGGUAAUUUAGGAAUUUGCAGGAAAGGUGCACAGAAAGUUUCCCAUGUGCUUCUCUGAGGAGAGAAUGUAGUUGGGGCCUGUCGAGCCCCUGACGCCCUCACGAGGGAAGACGUGCAGGGCGAAGUAGUCACCAACCCUUUAAUAUGAAACUCAAUCGUCAUCCAUGGAAAAAGGAAAGUCUGCACUUUGCCAGUUCAACUGUUUGAUUGUAUGGAAAAGCCAACGUUGUGUUGUGCAACGGCUAGAAUGUAUUUAACUGCUAACGUGGAGCCUCACGUGCGCUUGUUUUUUUUUUGUGUUUCAAAGUUUUAGCUUCAGUCCUGUUCUCUCUCUCCGAUGCAGUGCCACGAAACUCUCCUCUCGUCCACUGUUCCCUCCUUCUCUCCACGUGCCAAACAAGGCCUGUGGAUGCAGUGAAGUACAGUAAAAGGCAUAUCAAGUCACAGACUUUGAAAAAGAAAAAGGACAAGGUUGCACUUAGAAAAACUUCGAAAGCCUUUUUGUCCAGAAGGCCUCUUGAGGAGGAAAGUUAGCGUAAUGCGCACGUUUGUUCCUCCAGCAGCAGAACCACUAUGUACAGUGCGAUGUACAUUAGAGCGGCAACUAACCAUUAUUUUCAUUAUCGAGUAAUCUGUCGAUUACGGACAGGAAAUAUUCAGGUAACUGUCACAGAGGAGCAAAGGAAUCAGAGAAUUUUGCCUCUUUUUUUUUCAUAAAAACUACCUGAACCGAUUAAUCGAUGAUCAAAAUAGUUGCAACUUAAUUUAGUAUUCGAUACUGUUCGAUUUCGUGUUGCAGCUCUACUGUACAUGUUGAAGCAACAUUCAGCAGCAGUGUGUUUGUACAGUUACAACAGUUUUUCUACAUCUGUGACAAACCUGUUGUUGUCAUCCAUUAUGCCAUGUAUCCUGUGUGUGUGUGUGUGUGUGUGUCUGUGUGUGUGUGUGUGUGUGUGUGUGUGUGUGUGUGUGUGUGUGUGUGUGUGUGUGUGUGUGUGUGUGUGUGUGUGUGUGUGUGUGUGUGUGUGUGUGUGUGUGUGUGUGUGUGUGUGUGUGUGUGUGUGUGUGUGUGUGUGUGGACGUUGUUUGGCAGGAACGUUUCAGGGAUAAGGAAACCUAAAAAAGAAGGGAAACUUUUCUUUCUUUUUUUCACUCGUUAAUGUUUUACUUGAAAUGUCAUGAAUUGGAACUGCAGUUUUGUUGGUUUAGAUUUCAGAUGCGGGGGAGCAGUAUCUAUGUCAUACUGAUUGAGAAAGCGUGUCUGUGUGAGAAGCAAAGGUUGAAGCAUUUGUGUACAGGCUUGUUUUUGUCUGUUGCUGGUCAGUGAACGUUAUCGAUGCCACCGUUCCACAUUCACGAGUGAAGUAGCAGCGAGUUCUUGAACUGGCGCAGGACUGAUGCUGCGUCCAAAUCGGCUGAAUCAGAUGCACUCGAUUUUUCCUCCCUCUAAUUCCAAGGCUUCGAUCGCCUCAUUUCUCUUGCUGUCAAAUCACACAGGUCCACAUCAACACACCCGAUCGUCACUUCAACCGGUUCCGUCUCGCCCAGCCGCCGGCGUAGACUGUACAAUGAGGUUUAUCGAGAAGUUUCAAGUAUCGAUGCUCAUAUUCAUCAUCGUGCCUGCUGCUUCACCAGUGCUGAGAAAUGCUGAUGGAUGAUGAGUUACAGGAGAGACAGAGGAGAGGGGGAUCAUCCCUCCCUGCGAAUACAAUCACACAAUCUGACCCACGAUUUCAGUACAAGCAGGUGGAUAAUAAUAACAAUAACGUGAACUCCAAGGAAGACAGAAAAAAUGACCUUUGUGACGCUCGCAGUAAACUGGCGUUUCUGAGCGACUGUCAGACAAGUUUUUUAAUUCCUGGGGGUUUCUCUUCCCGUUUGUUCACCUGAUUGACAGGUGUCUCUAUGAUAAUUAGUGGGGGGCGGGAUCAUUUCUCAAUAAACCAACAGUUAUGGACUGUUCCCUUUCUGAAAUAUUUAAACACAAAUUGUGUUUUGAGAAAGCCUCCGAAUGGGCUUUGGACAGAAUUUACGCUAAGGGUUUCAAACUACUUGGAUCAAAGAGCAAUUACGACGAAUCCUUGAGAUCAUUGAUCGUUUGUGAUCAGUUUUUCUCCUUUUUUUUUCUCAAUCGUCCCAAACUCUCACUUUCACCACCAUUCGUUGACUGAAUGGUCUGUGGCUUCAUGUUCUUUUCUGUUUAUGCAGUUACUGUAAACUGUGUGUCACUAAUACAGUCAUUGUCCAUAACUGCGCCACGCUGUCAGAAACCUUAACCUAUACUAUGAAUGAAUGUACAACGGGCCAAUGUAUUGUUUUUUCACAGCCUAUACCUGCAUGAGAUUGGGUCAAGAUGAAAACUCUUCUUCUUGCUAUAUUGUUGUUUUAUAAAAUAUAUAUACACACAUAUAUAUGUAUAUAUAUAUAUAUAUAUAUAUAUAUAUAUAUGUGUGUGUGUGUGUGUGUAUAUAUAUAUAUAUAUAUACACACACACACAUAUAUAUGUAUAUAUAUAUAUAUAUAUAAUUUAGUCUGCUAUGCAGCCAUACAGAUGUUUUUUAUGAAUUAAUGCCUUAAUUUUGCUCCCUGUAGGAACAGUUUUUCUAGGACAAAUUCAUUCUCACGAUAACCUGCCUUUUCUUUUUUUAUUUAUACGUGUUAUAUUGUGUUUGAUUUUGGCUCCCCGGUCACAGGGUAAAGGUUUGUACCCUGACCGACUGACUGGUCGUCUGAUUGUUCUGUGAAGAUGUACAAAUAAAGAUUUGUUAAACAUUCA